AUUCGGGGUUAAUUUAUAUUAAUCUCACAAUAUGAUCUUUGAAAUAUCAAAGAAAAAGCAGAAAAGCCCUUGGAAAAUAGGCUUCUUUUGACUUUUAUAAAUAUUUUCCCAGUUUAGUGGAAGUUUGUGGGGAUUUUCUACGAAUAAGAAAUACAUUUUAAUCUUUACUUUUAUAUUAUAAAAAAAUAUUAAUAGCUCUAUUUUUAACUCCUAUCCUAUAGAUCCUACUAUUAUUACAGACUAAGAUGCUAUUGAGGUCCUUCUGAAACUCCUCUCUAGACCACCCUUGAAGUAAGGAAGGCGCAUGCGCGGACUAUCGAAACAGCUGAGCGAAAUGUUUACGCAAAAAGUGCCAUCCUUUUCUCCUGGCGCGGCAGUUGCUCAGUGCCAAGCACCUGGUCUGGUUUGGUUUGUUUGUCGGGGUGGCGCGACUCGGGUUUGGUUCGCCGGAAAAUCAAUACAAUUUCCCUUUUGACAAGUGCAGUUGAAUGGUGGUCGCUGAAUGUAAAUAAAUGGAUAAACUGUUUCGGGCAAAAAACUCUGGUGGAUUUCCUUGGAUUCGGUUAAAGUAACACAUUCCUUAAAAGGACUAUGGAAAAUGCAUAACUCCCUGGUGUCCAAAUUGCUGGUCCGCCUGCUCCUCCUGUUCGCCUUGGUGACCGCCGCCUCCAUUGUGGUGCUCACGAAAUGCGGAUUCGACGAGCUGACGGCGCAGGAAACGCAGCCAAACAGCCCCAGCAGCGAGGCCAGCGGCUUUAGCUACGCGCUCAGCGAACGCGAGGCGGCCAUCGAGCGCCUGAAGCAGGAGGUCCUCUCGCUGCGCACCCAGAUCCUGUUCCUGCAGAGCAACAAUCGCAGCAGCGCAGCCAAGCCACCGACCACAGGUAAUGGCAGCCUGCAACUGCAGCUACAGGAGACCACGGUGGCUCCGUCGCCUUUGGCGCACCACUACGACUGCAGCAGCUACAUCCGGAAGCAGGUGGGCGCCGCCGAAAUCCUGCACGGCCUGCCGCUGAACAACGAGUACGAGCUGAUACCGUACAACCACUUCACCUUCACCCGGGUCUAUCCCAUCGAUCUGGGCCUGGGCAAGCGGGUGGUGGAGAAGCCCAUUGGCUACCGGCGACGCGACCUCAUCGAGGCGGUGAAUAAGGCCCUGGAGAGCCUGAAUCGUAACCACUCGGCCAGGAUACGGUCCAAGGGAGCCGCUCUUCCAGCAGGUGAUCAAGGGGUGAUCAAAUACACGCUGGACGACUUCAUCGAGGGCAUCUACCGCACAGAGCCCACAACGGGCACCCAAUACGAGCUCUAUUUCCAGAGUGUCAAACACCAGGCGAGUCCUGUGCGCAGGGCUCUGGUGAUGCGACCCUUUGCUCCCCUGCAAACCGUGCAGCUAUCGGAGUUGUCCCUGAAUGGAGGGGAUUCCCAGGCAGCUGCUGGUCCCACCGUGAUCCAUGUGAUACUGCCCUUGGCGGGACGCUUGCACAGCUUUCGCAGCUUCCUGCAGAUGUUCGCCAAGCUCGAGGAUCGCCGGCUGGAGCUGAUAGUGGUGUACUUUGGAGUCACUGGGUUGGACCAGGCCAGGCGCAUGGCUGGCAGAUCGGAGAGGACGCAGUUUUUGGCCCUCAAUGAGACUUUUAGCAGGGCCAAAGCCUUAAGACUGGGAGCGGAACAUAUUAAGCCCGCUGGAGAGGAUGUUCUGCUCUUUAUGUGCGAUGUGGACAUUAUGUUUACCACCAGAUUUCUGGAGCGAUGUCGCUGGAAUGCGGCACCAGGCAAGAAGGUCUAUUACCCCGUGGUCUUUAGCCUAUACAAUCCCCAUGUGGUGUAUACGCUGCAGGGCAAACCUGUGCCCAGCGAUGAGGAGCAGCUUGUGAUCUCAAGAGACACAGGUUUCUGGCGUGACUUUGGUUAUGGCAUGACCUGCCAGUAUCGCUCCAACUUCCUGCAGGUCCGGGGCUUCGACGAGGAGGAGAUUGUGGGCUGGGGUGGCGAGGAUGUGAUGCUCUAUCGCAAGUACGUACGCUCCAAGAUCAAGAUCAUAAGGGCCACCGAUCCAGGGAUCUUUCAUCGCUGGCAUACCAAAAUCUGUUCCAAUUCACUAACUGCCGAUCAGUAUAGGGCUUGCAUACGCUCGCGAGCUCUGAACGAGGCCUCACAUGCCCAACUGGGUUUCCUGGCCUUCCGGGAUGACAUAGCCGCUGCUAAUGCGGCCAAGCUACACUCGUGAUACUGGUGCAUCCUGCAGGUAUCCUUGAAUAUUUGGCUACUCCAUCUAAGGCGGACAUUUCAGUGUGUGUGUGUGAAGCAAUGGCAGUGAUUUAUUAACUAUAAUUUACACAGUUUGUGAUGUUAUUUUACAUUUAGAGGAAUUUAGUUAGCAAAUUAAAUCAUAAAUUAAGACAUUUCCUCUUUAAUUUUAUUAAGAAUUUAUGUAUUUAUUUAUUUUAUCAACAAACUUAGUAAAAUCCAAGAUCUGUUUAGAUAGGAUUUAUCAAAAUAAUGUGAUAUUGGGUUGUAUAAAACUAUGUCUACUUACUGUACUGUCUCUUUUAAUAUCUCCUAAAUUUAUUUACUAUUUAAAUCUUCUAUAAAUUACUUUUACAAUCACUGCUCUUAGCUUACACCUGCCUAAACACACACAAAAACUAUAUACUUGCCAUUUACAAGUAUGUACAACUUGAGACAAUAACUCGUAUUUAGCAGUAUCGUUGAAUUAGCUUAAUUGUUGAUCUUGUUGCGCCCUUCGAGAGUGCCACACACUCACACACUCUGACCCUGAAACGGAAACGGAAACAAAAGGAUCUCCAAAACACACACGCACAUCACAAUUGUUCUUCCAUGAAGCGAACUAGAUGCAAUCUCCAAAGAGCCCAAGAAAUUAUAUAUAGUAUUAUAUUUACCAUAUCGAAUCUGUGCGGCAAACUGGGCCUGAGCGCUUUGUAAAAACUAAAUUAAAUCGUUUAAUUAAA